AUGUCCGGGGAAGGGCAGUACCUGCAGCUUCCGCCGGCUCAUCCCCGCGGCGCCGAGCGGGCGGCGGAGCAAGGCGUGGGCACGCACAACAUGGGCCCAGGAACGGCCCAGCAGCCCGCUGCGCACCAGUCUUCGCAGCCGCAGGCGCCCUCUAGCAGCAGUGCGGCGACCCUGCGCGCCGGCGCCGACGGCGCGCCGCCCGCCGGGCCCGGCGCUGCCUCAAGACACGCCCACUCUGGCAGCGCGUUCGAGGCCGCGGAGGGCGCGGCUGCGCCCUCCGAGGUGUCGUCCGAGAUCGUCAGCAUCGCGAGGAACACCGUCGACGACGAAAUCGACGCGGACAUCUUCGACGACGUCGACGACGCGGACGUAGGAGUCGUGCCCGCCAACGGAGGCGUGCCGGGGUGGCAGGCGAGCGGCGUGGGCGACGAGGUGGCGGGCGAGACGGACGACGAGGGCGCCGCGGGGGAGUCUGACUCGGAGCGUCUGACCACGGUGCAGAGCGAGGCGUCGACCGCGGGGGGCAAGAAAACGAAGCGGCGGACGCGGCGGAAGGGCAAGUACACGAUCCGCAUCAACCUCGAGGAGUGCAAGUACGAGGUGAUGCGGAGCGUCCGGAAGCAGGUCGGGUGGCGGGAGGCGUCGGGCGACCAGUGGUGGGACGUGCGGUGGGUGGACACCAGCGUGGGCCUGGAGCGCAUCAUGCGGCUCCGGCGGCUGCAGAAGAUCAACCACUUCCACGGCAUGCUCGAGAUCUGUCGCAAGAACCGCAUGGCGCGCAACAUCCGGCGCAUGCAGCGCGUCUUGCCGGACGACUUCGCCUACGUCCCCAAGACGUACAUUCUGCCGGAGGACUCGAACGAGCUGGCGGACGCGAUCCGGUCGCGGAGGAAGCGCACGUUCAUCGUGAAGCCGGACGCGGGGUGCCAGGGCAAGGGCAUCCGGCUCGUGCAGACGCAGGAGCAGCUGGCGCGCGUGCUGGCGGAGCUGGAGAUGCUCGGUCAGGCCAACGUGGUGGCGCAGCGGUACCUCAGCAAGCCGCUGCUGAUCAACGGGUACAAGUUCGACCUGCGGAUCUACGUUUUGGUCGCCGCCGUGGACCCGCUGCGCGUGUUCAUGUACGAGGACGGGCUCGUGCGGUUUGCCACGUCGCCGUACGAGGCGCCCAAGGGCGGGAACUUGGACACCGCGACGAUGCACCUGACGAACUACAGCCUGAACAAGCGCACGGAGGGGUUCCAGGCCGCGUCGACGCUGGACGGCAGCGACGGCGCCAAGUGGUCGCUGUCGGCCCUGCGCGCGUGGAUGAGCGGCGAGGGCCACGACUACGACAAGCUCAUGGACGAGAUCGGCGCGAUCGCAGUCAAGACGGUCAUGUCCAUCCAGCCCCUCCUGCAGCACUACUACUGGUCGGCAGUGCCCGCGCAGAACGACGGGUUCUCUUGCUUCGAGGUGCUCGGGCUGGACAUUAUGAUUGACGAGUCCCUUCAACCAGUGAUGAUCGAGUGCAACCACUCGCCGUCGUUCUCGACCGAGUCGGACCUGGACCUACAGAUCAAGGAGCGCCUCCUCCGCGACACCCUCGUCCUCGUCGACGCGGACCCGCGCCGCGCCGCGCAGGCCAAGACGCGCGAGCGCAAGGACACCGCCUCGCGGCUCCUCACGAGCAAGCCCGCGUCGCUCUCGUCCCAGAUGACCGCGGAGGACGUCGCGGAGCUGCGCGCCAAGGCGCAGCGCCGGAGAGACAAGCGGGAGGCCGUGCUGCUGCCCCAGACAGGAUACCAACGUGUCUACCCCGACCCGCGCCCGGAGCGCGCGGCGAUGUACGAGCGCGUGAUCGCGGGGUCGCGGGAGGUCUUCGAGGGCAUCUCCGCGCUCGCGAAGAGCCGCGCGGGGCUGUCGAAGGCGGCGUCGAAGGCGGCGGCGGCGAAAGCGGCGCUGUCGGGGACGGUCGGGAGCGCGCCGCCGAAGCGCAAGGUGAUGCUGACGAUGCCGGACGGCUCGCAGGUCGUCGCGCACGACGACCCGUCGGACCAGGACAGCGACGCGGUGCUGCGCGCGCGGGCGCGGCGUGCUAGUGGCGCAGCGCUGGCGAAGCCGCCGGCGCUGCCCGCGGCGACGACGCGCGCCGCGAGCGGGCCCGGGUCGCGCCGGCCGCAGGCGAACGGCGACGGCGUGUGGACGCUGCCGACGACGGUCACGCCGCUGCUGGUCACCGGCGAGAGCCACCGCAUGGUGCCCGCGCCGCAGUCGGACUCGCAGCCAAGACCCCCCCCGGAGAUCGACGUCGUCGCGCAAGCGCAGUCCGCGGCGGCAGCCGCCGCGACCGCCGCGCAGCAGCACCUGGCGUCGCGCGAGUCGGCCACGAUGGCCGCGGCAGCGGCACUGCUGAGCGCCGCCGUCGGGGGGCCGCUGCAGUCCGCGCGCCAGCCCGGACGGCGCUCGAGCCUCCCGGACGUCGAUCCGCGGCGCGUGCUGCAGUCCAAGGCCGGCAUGUCGAUCACGCAGAUGCAGGACAGCCUGCGCGCCGCAGGGCGCAACGCGACCCCGCCGAGCACCGGUUUGCGGCUCGCGUCGUCCCUGCCGGACACAGGCGGCCUCCUGAGCCAGCCCGAGACGCUUCCGCCGGGGCUUCCGUCCGCGAUCGAGGCCCUGUUGGAACGCAGCGGCGACGCGAGCGCCCACAGCGACAAGUGGGUGCCCUCCGCCGCGCGCGACACCGGCGUGCCCCCGCGGCCCGUCGUGCGGUCGAACUCGCGCACGCGGUCGCCGAGCGAGGGGCCGCCGACGCGCAGCGCGGUGCCGCCGCAGCUGCUCUCGAUCCCCACGGGCAACAGCGGGGAGUCCCUCGGGCCGCGGCAGGUCCCGAACGCGCUCAGCGCGCUGCUGCGCCGCGCGUCCUCGUCGUCGCAGAACGCCGACGGCCCGCCGGCGGCGCCGGUUCUCCUGCGGCAGCCCCCGGCGGGGGCGCCGGCCAAGCCCGCGUCGCUGCACGUGCUCAGCGACGGCAGCGGCGCGCCGGCGCCGGCCGUCCCGGCGCGCACGGACUGGAUCGGCCGCGUGAGCGUGCGGACGGGGCGGACGCUGCAGCGGGCGGGGAGCGCGGGCCGCGCCGAACCGACCGCCGCGCCCAGCGCAGGAGGCAGCGCUCAGGACUCGGUGGCACUCGGGGGGCGCGCCGGCGGGGCGACCGUGGCGCUGCCCGCCGUACCGGGGAGCUCCGCGCACACGGAGGGGGGUGUUUCGGCGCCGCAGUCGCACGGCGUCGGCCAUUUCCACUCCUCCGGUAUGAUACUGUCAGUGCCCGCGAUGCCGGGGCGCACGGACCGCGGGGUGCGACGUGCGGGGUCCUCGGUCGGCCGCACGGCGCGCAGCGUGCUGGACAAGCCCCGGGGGGCGUUUGACCCGCCGUCGCUGCAGAGCGGGCUGGUUGUGGAGGGGAUGGCGGGGGGGCGCUCGGGCAAGUCGUUGAUAGGGGACGGCGCGCGGAGGGCGAUUGCGAUGCCGAACACGUCUCUGGGGCGGCGGUGA